UCUGGACAUCGUUUUUCGUGUUUUAAGAUAUUUGCAUAGAGAUUUUGCUACUAUGAAAAUAGAAAUGUAAUAUAGUUUAGUGAAAAUUGCUUAAUUUUGUAAAUACUGUGCAAGUGAAGUGAAUAUACGAGCACCCAUUAGUCAGUAUACCUGAUAGCCACGCGCAUCUAGUUGCGCUAGUGGAUUAGAGUAUAACGUGAAUGGAACUAAAGUUAGAUUUAAUUUUAAAACAGAAGCUAGAGUUAGAUGUUACAGAAACAACUCUAAUUAAGCAGAAUUUAAUACGACACGAAUAAUUUGUUUCAAGAUGGACGACCAAAGCAACAUGUCAGCAUUAACUAACGAGGACAAUUCUACGGACAGCGACUACACACCGUACGAAGACAGAUUGGAGACUUAUUUAGUACCAGUAAUAUUUGCGAUCAUAUUCAUCGUGGGUGUGCUGGGCAACGGCACCCUAGUCAUUGUCUAUAUCAGGCACAGAGGCAUGCGGAAUGCUCCGAAUACGUACAUUUUCUCCUUAGCUCUGGCGGAUUUGCUUGUCAUACUCAUUUGCGUGCCGUUCGUGUCUAUCAUCUACACGCUGGAGUCUUGGCCCUGGGGUGAAGCUAUCUGUAGAAUAUCUGAAGCGGGUAAAGACAUUAGCAUCGGUGUGUCAGUCUUUACCCUGACUGCGCUCUCGGCUGAACGUUACUGCGCUAUCGUCAAUCCAUUUAGGAAACUCCAGCUAAGGAAACUGCCGCUUGUAUGUGCCACAUUUAUUUGGGCAGCGGCGCUUAUCUUCGCCACACCAGCCGCCGUGUUCUCCAACACUGUUACUGCGCAUCUACACAAUAAUAUAACCAUUGUCUACUGCACUCCUUACCCUCAAGGCUGGAAGGAUUAUUCCAAAUGGAUGACAUUAGCGAAAGCAACAAUAUACUAUGCUUUACCUUUGCUGGUUAUUGCAAUUUUCUACUCCCUAAUGGCACAACGACUCUUGGCAAGUACUAGAGAAAUGCCUGGCGCAUUGCACGGGGGACAGGGGGAAGCUCAGGCUAAGGCUAGAAAGUCAGUCGCUCUUAUGGUGUUGAUUUUUGUUAUUGUGUUUUUUGUCUGUUUCCUGCCGUAUCAUGCUUUCGAGAUGUGGUUCCAUUUAUCGCCGACCGCAGAGUUUGACUACAACGAUUGGACGCACGCAUUGAGGAUAAUAGGAUUUUGUUUAAGUUUCCUGAAUUCGUGCGUAAAUCCGGUAGCGUUGUAUUGCGUCAGUGGUGUAUUCAGACAACAUUUCAAUCGCUACCUGUGCUGUCGUCGAAGCAGCUUGCAUCCUUCUUGUAGUUCCCGUCUCUCCAGAACCGCGAUCUGUGAAACCUCUUUUAGGAGCACACACAGACAUAGGUGCAAUAGAAAUCCGACAGAGAGCGUCGUUAUAUCUAACUAUGACUACGGAAGCACGAAGAAGAAAAACAAUAUUAUAACAAGGAAUAGCACUGACGGGGUCACCAUAAUGACUAUUAGAGAUUCCAAUGAUUUUCUCACAUGCGAUCUUAACGAAAAAUGUAUCAACAGAUAGAAUGUAGGUGUAACCGUAUAAUAAUUUUAAAAAAUGGCUCCUAUAUUUACUAUAAUAAAGACAAUUUUUAUAAAAUUUACUUUAAGAUAAUAAUUUAAAUCUCUAACUUCAGAGUCUCUGACGCUAAGUACCUUAGUGUAUUUUCAUAAAUUUACCUUUAAAAGAAGUUAUAUGUAAGUUCAGCAGUAAAUGUUUGUAAAUUGUUUUUUUGACCAACUUAAAUAGACUUUUCCUGUAAUAUACGUAUGUAAAAUAUAAAUUAUUUAAUCCUAAUGUAAAUUUACCUUA